AUGAGGAGGGAUAAUCAGAGUAGUGUGUCUGAGUUCCUCCUCCUGGGACUCCCCAUCCAGCCAGACAAGCAAAGCAUAUACUACACUCUUUUCUUGGGCAUGUACCUGACUACAGUUCUGGGCAACCUGCUUAUCCUCCUGCUCAUCAGGCUAGACUCUCGCCUCCACACCCCCAUGUACUUCUUCCUCAGCCACUUGGCCUUCACUGACAUCACUUUUUCAUCAGUCACGGCUCCAAAGUUGCUCAUGAAUAUGCGGACACAGAGUUACUCCAUCUCAUAUGCUGGGUGCAUUUCCCAGGUGUAUUUUUUCCUAAUGCUUGGGUGUCUUGACAGCUUUCUUCUCACCUCAAUGGCUUAUGACAGGUACGUGGCCAUCUGUCACCCCCUCCACUACAUCACAAUGAUGAGUCAGUACCUAUGUUUCCUGCUAGUAAUUGUGUCCUGGGUCCUAUCCUCUGCCAGUGCCAUUUUGCACACCCUCCUCCUGGCCCAUCUCUCUUUCUGAAAGAGGAGCAUGAGGUGGGAGAACCAGAGCAGCGUGUCGCACUUCCUCCUCCUGGGGCUCCCCAUCCCACCAGAGCAGCAGGGCGGCUUCUUCGCCCUGUUCCUGGGCAUGUACCUGACCACGGUGCUGGGCAACCUGCUCAUCCUCCUGCUCAUCAGGCUGGACUCUCGCCUCCACACCCCCAUGUACCUCUUCCUCAGCCACCUGGCCCUCACUGACGUCUCCUUCUCAUCUGUCACCGUCCCUAAGAUGCUGAUGAGCAUGCGCACUCAGGAUCCAUCCAUCCCCUAUGCAGGAUGUGUGACACAGAUGUAUUUUUUCAUAUUUUUUACUGACCUGGACAGCUUCCUUAUUACCUCAAUGGCCUAUGAUCGCUAUGUUGCUGUAUGUCACCCCCUUCACUACACCACCAUCAUGAGGGAGGAGCUGUGUGCCUUCCUAGUGGCUGUAUCCUGCAUCCUGUCUGGUGCCAGCUCUCUUUCCCACACCCUCCUCCUGACCCAGUUAUCCUUCUGUGCUAACACUAUCCCCCAUUUCUUCUGUGACCUUGGUGCUCUGCUCAAAUUGUCCUGCUCAGACACCUUCCUGAAUGAGUUGCUCAUGUUCACAGUAGGGAUGGUGGUCAUUACUCUGCCGUUCAUAUGUAUCCUGGUAUCUUAUGGGUAUAUCGGGGCUGCCAUCCUGAGGGUCCCUUCAACCAAGGGGAUCUGCAAAGCCUUGUCCACGUGUGGCUCCCAUCUCUCUGUAGUGUCUCUGUAUUAUGGGUCAAUAUUUGGACAGUACCUUUUCCCCACAUUAAGCAAUUUCAUUGACAAGGACAUCAUUGUGGCUGUCAUGUACACCAUGGUUACACCCAUGUUGAACCCCUUUAUCUACAGCCUUAGGAACUGGGACAUAAAAGGAGCCCUUGGGAAACUCUUCAGUAGAGCAACAUUUUUCUCACAGUGA